ACCGGAAGUUAUGCAAUGUUGUGAAAAUCUUAUUGUGGUCUUGGGUUCACAGACGACCAAAGCACCGCCAACAUCUCAGCUAGCUAACAUUAUCUUCUUCGGUAACGUCAGAUUGAAACACCGCUCAAUGCUGGGCUGUAUGACUAAAUGGAGAUGGAUGAUGAGCUGGAGAACUUCAUCAGGGAGCGGAAGGCGAGAGUGGCAGAGGAUAAAGCCAGUCUAGAACAAGACCCUCCUUACAUGGAAAUAAAGGAAAAACCCCACAGAAGCUAUGGAUCUACUGUUAAGGAGAACAUCCCUCCCAAGUCUGUUGCACAGGGGAAAGAGGAGAGUUGCAGUGUGGGUCUGCCCCUUGGCGUGGAGUAUGAGAGGAAGAAGCAGAGGCUGCAGCAUGAGCUCCGUAUGGACUACAGGCGCUACAUGGCUCAGAAAAAGCACUUUGACCCUUCAGAGCCUGGACCAUUAAUUCACCUUGAUAACAGGAGUUCUGUCAAGCAACAGCUGCCUGAAGAACAGACAGGUGUUCUCCCCAAACAGCGAGCCUCCACACGGAGGGAUGCAGCCACUCUGACGGAGGACAGUAAGGGGUUACACAGGGCUCUGUGCCUCGCUGAGGUGAAUACCCUCUUUCCUGAGGAAGAGGAGCAGUCAUCACUGGCUGCUAGGCAUCGUGACAGGCUGGGGAGGACAGUGGACCAGGAGUCAGAGGAAGAGGAGCUUGAGCUGAUGGAAGGCAGAAGGCGCAGACACAUAGGGACUGAGGCCAGUUAUGAGAAGAGAUGGACAAAUAAGACUGAUGGCAGGGAGAAGAGAGAGGAUCCAGUAGGUUUUGCCAGAGAAGGCAGGAGAUGGAGAGCACUGACCAAAAAUGAGGAGGCUGAGUUUGCCACUGGCCUUAUAAUAGGAGCAACUGAUACAGAUGAAGCUUUGCAGAGGAGGAAGGAGCGCUACAGACAGGAGCUGCAGGAGCAGAUAGCUGAACAACACAGGAACAAGAAGAGGGAGAAAGAUUUGGAGCUGAAAGUUGCUGCUACUGGGGCGAAUGAUCCUGAGAAACAGCCGGACCGAAUCAGACAGUUUGGACUGAGCAGGAGAAAAGAUCCUCAGGUCUCAGAACCCUCAGCAACAGGAGAGAGCGAAUCAUCUUCCAGAGGUCUACCCAAUAAUGAGAGGAUUGGUGUUAGAAAAAGAGAAACACCUCCUCCUGAGCACCCUCACGUGGCCUUUCAGUCCCCCCUGCUGGAGUACAGCUCUGCCCUGGGCCUGGGAGGAGGAGGUUUGUCUCCCAACAGUCAGCCAGCUGCCCCUUCCUUCCCCAGAGCCAUGGACACUCCCAGUGAAGCCUACAGGAGCCCGUAUGCAGAGCCACAUCACUGCUGUGGCACCAGAAACCUGCUUGACCCAAACAUGGCUUACUAUGGUCAUUUGUCUGUUCCUGGUGCUAGCCUUCCCAUGUCCUACUGGAAUGUACCACCGGGGGGAGCUGUGCCCAGCCAAUUUGGUAACCACAGCCCUCACAGCCAGCACAGUGGAAGCAGCUUCCCUGAGCCAACAAUACAGCCCAGCAACGAGGCUGCUACUGUGGACUCGCAUGUCAGGACUUUCCCUUCAGAGAGACCCAGAUCAACCAGGGAAAGGAUUUUAAGCUACAGAGAUGCUCUCAAAAGACAGAUCCAGGAGCAACAGGACAGGAGGCGGCUGGAGAGGGAGGAGAGGGAGCGUUAUGAGGCCCAGCUGGAGGCUGACAUGAAGAACCACCAGCCCUGGGGCCGAGGUGGAGGAGGAGCCCCCCUCAGAGACAGUACUGGAAAUCUCAUUGCUGACCUCAACCAGAUGCACAAGCUGAAUGAGGAGGCCUACAGCAACCCAGAGCAGUGGCAGAGGAGAGCGAUGGCUGCCGUGGCAACACGACAGGCAGACCACCCUGACCCCAACGAGAGGGUCUCUGGUACUGUAGCAGAGUGCAGUCUCCCUGACACUAGAGACAGGCUCGCUGGUUUCACCCAUGUCCAAACCCAGUUUGCCAGAGGAAAUGUGUUUGCCACUCAGCCCACCCAGCACCAGCUCCAGGAGCAGGACAAGUACAAAGCUUACCUCAAACAGCAGAUUGAGGAGAAAAUGCGUAAAAAGGCGGAGGAGAGGGAACGGACCAGACUGGAGGAGGAGAAAGAGGAGAGGAGGCUGGCAGAGCAGAGGGCUCGCAUCCAGAGGGAGUAUGAGGAAGAGCAAGAGAGGAAAAAACGAAAGGAAAUGGAGCAAAAGGCCAAGAAUGAAGAGCUGAUUCAGCUGGCCGAACAGAGGAAGAAGGAGGCAGAGAAGAAAAAGAAGGAAGUAGAAGAGAAGGAGAAUGCAGUGCUGAGGAGGCAGUAUGAGCGGGAGAGGCAGGCUCGGGUGGAGGAGGUCUGCAGGGAGCCUUCACCUCCAAUCCCCACCCUGCAGAAGAAACAUGGGCUGCACCAGUACACUCCCAGACCCCCUACUGUUGACAGCCAGCGCUCUACGGCCCCCCUGUCUGAGCGCUCUUUGUCUGGUCUCCAGUCCCCUCCUGUGCCCGCUUGUAGGAACCAGCUUCGAGCUGCAGGUGACCAGCAUGAUGUGUUCAGUGAGCUAUCAGCUCUGCGUCGGCAGCUACGCAGUGAACAAAAACGGCUGGAGGGUCACCUGCAGCAGGGCGACUGGGAGGAAUUAGACUCUCCUCUCAGUGACAGACAUCGGGAGCGUCCCCUGGUGGAUGUGUUUGAUAUGGCCAGGCUGCGGCUCCAAGCUCCAGUUCGAAGGCCCAGCUCCAGAAACAUGGAGCCCAGAAACCUGCUGAGAAUCCACGACUCCCUUCAGCUCAAAUACACAGAUGGGAAGUCCAGGCUGGGCUCCAGUGAGGUUCCAAAGCUGGACGAUGUGGGUGUGUCCAGCAGGAGAAGGCACGACUACAGGGAUCCAUAUCACCAGCUCAACAGCCAGAGGUCUACAGUUCAGGAUGAUUAUUUUGACCUGUCCCCACCACAGCAAAAUGAUCAUCUGAGGAGUGUGAUGGGAGGAUCUGCAAGAGGUUCUCUUCUGGAGUCGGAGAGUGCAUUCAUUGACCCCCUAGGAGAUGCCUUCCCAGUGCCCCACACCCCAGAGUUGGAGAAGACCCCCCAGCUGUCAGCCAGGGAGAGGAGGAGGCUGGCCAAACAGUCACAGCACCCUCAGGAACGGGCUGAUUCCAGCCAGUCCACAGGCCAAUCCACCGGCCAACACGACCACUACUCCACUCACACAGCUCACAGGCUGCAGCAGAGGGUGGAGCAGAGCAGCAGGGGGAGGAGCCGAGACAGGACAGGUUGGCCAAUGGCGCUCAGUCGUCGUGGAAAUGCAGUUGGACCAGUGGAUCUGUCUGAUGAGGAUUCCUCCCCUGCUCAGUUCUCUCCUCACAGUCUUAAUCAUGAAAGCUCUGUAGAAACUGUCGCCACAGAUCCCUGGAUGCGGCCAGGAACAUCAGACACACUGAAAUGUUUGGACCGUCCAUCGAGGAGGGACCGCCUGGUAACGUAGGACUCUGUUCCUGAGAGGUUACUUGUACUUUUGAAAGUGUGAAGUAACACAGACCCUGUCUUUGAAUAAUGAAGUUAUGUUGGGUUUAAACUUGUGGCUUUUGUGACAGAUGGAUGAGUCAGUAUGUCUGACAGAUGAUACCUAUUGGUAUAUACUUAAAGAAUGAUUGUUUACAUCAAACAGUGAUAACGUACAUAUUCUUUAUGGACAAUUAUUGACUAAUUUUAAAUUAUGUUUUAAAUAAAUUAUUUUUUUAACUAUUAA